AUGGCACAUCGUGCCAGACCACUUCAUUACCACAUUCCAUUAUUCCCUGGAUUCCAGCUGCUGGACGUAGCAGGUCCGCUGGACAUUCUCAACAUCCGCACGCAGUACGCAGACACCGCAGACAUUUCCUUGACCGUAUCAGCAGAGACCUUAGACCCAGUCUCGGUGAAACCGGUGCCGCCCCCUCACGCAAAAUGGCAUUUUGAUCUCCCCGAGUCUGACCUGCAAGCCUGUAACCAACACAUGGUGCCACAGCGCACCUUUGCAGAAGUGGUCUCUGCCCUGAAGGAGAAUGACGCCAAUUGUGACAUCAAACCUAUUGAUGUGCUGAUUGUUCCUGGAGGUCUGGGGACGCGACUAGACCGGAUAUACGGGAAGUCUGACAAGGUCUCCAACACACAGCAAGUUCGGGAUUUCAUCACCGCUGUUGCACCCUAUAUUCGUCACAGCGUCAUUACUAUUUGUACGGGGAGCCACGUCCUCGCACAGACUGGGCUAUUAGACAAUCGUCGGGCAACAACCAACUCCGCCCGCUUCGACGAUGUUAUUGAACAGACGCGCCAGGUGAACUGGCAGCGCGAUAGACGAUGGCUACGAGAUAUUGUGCCAAUGGAUGUACCAACCAGAUCAUUGCAGUCAGGAACUGAGAUCUGGACCUCUGCUGGGAUUACUGCCGGUAUCGAUGUCAUGUUGGAGUAUAUAUCCGCCCAUUAUGGUGGCGUGGCGAUUGGGAUACAGACCGCUAAACGAAUGGAAUAUCACUGGGAGCGAGAGCGGGCAGCUUCUUACUUUUUGUGA